AUGUCUGAUAUUGAAGUGGAGGUACCUACGACAUUUAAAAAACGCAAUUUGAAAAACAGAGGAGGUCGCAAACGAAAGGCUUCUAGUUCGUCGGAAGAAAAGAAAAGCUCAGAUUCUGACGAACCAACAGUAGUGUUGCCAACAAAACGCCCACAGAAAGCCAAUCCAAACAUCCAGAACACCGGAGGACCGAGAACGAAGAGACCGGAAACCAAUACCUACAGUGAUAGUAGCGAUAAUGAAGAAAAGAAGAAAACAGAUCGCACCACACUCUCAGUACAGCAGCAGCGUGAGAAUGCAACAGCCACAUACGAACUGGACACAGAAAGGGACAGAGACGCUCAAGCUAUAUUCGAGAAAGCACAAAAGAUCAAUGAGGAACUGCAAGGGCAAGCUGAUGAUAAGGUGUACCGCGGUAUAAAUAAUUAUGCCCAAUAUUAUAAAAAACGGGACACAGCAGCGGGCAACGCCAGCUCGGGAUUGGUUAGGAAAGGACCAAUCAGGGCGCCGGCCAAUCUUAGAGCUACAGUCAGAUGGGAUUACCAGCCUGACAUUUGUAAGGAUUAUAAAGAGACAGGAUUCUGCGGUUUUGGAGAUUCGUGUAAGUUCCUCCACGACCGUUCCGACUACAAGCACGGCUGGCAAUUGGAACGUGAAGAGAACACAGCGCCAUCUGGCGGCGGCGACGGCGACUCCGAUUACGAAGUCCAUUCAGAUGACGAGUUGCCCUUCAGAUGUUUUAUAUGCCGAAGCAGUUUCACAGACCCUGUAGUCACUAAAUGCAAACACUACUUUUGCGAGAAAUGCGCAUUAGAAAACUACAAGAAGUCAACGCGUUGUUUCAUCUGUAACAGUCAAACCAGUGGUGUGUUUAACCCUGCCAAAGAACUAGAGGCAAAGCUGAAGAGACAAGAAAACGAUAGCGAUAAUGAAAGCGAAGAUGAUAAUGAUUGA